AGCGUCGUCGGGCAAAAUGGGAGACGACUUGGGUGACGAAUGGUGGCAGCAUGACUGUAAAUCAGAUGGUUCUGAGGUGGAGACUGAAGAGAAGAAAAGCAAGACAAAACGGAUAAAAGAAAAGCCGAACAUACAAAAGAAAGCAGAGAAGAGGAAGAAGCUAACGGAAAAAACAGUGACUGCAAAGAAGAAGAAAAAGAAUGAAGAGGUGUCACAAAUUCCGAAGCAGCAGAGCGUGAAGGAAACCUCAACAAAAUCCCCCAAAAAGAGAAAGAGGAAGAAAAAGACCAUUACAGAUGUGUUGGCCGCUUCUGACCCAAAACCAGGCUGUCCCGCAGACCUUCAGAACUCCCUGGCACAGUACUUCUCAGACAAGCGCUCCGUGAUCGAGCAGGAGGAGCUCAAACUGCACGAUUCUAGUUUUGUGACCUGCAACGACCUGACGCACAGCGUCUCGUCCUAUCUGAAGCACAUUUGUCCCAAAUGGGCAAAGGUUCAGAAACAACACACAGAAAAAAGUUCAGUGGUCCUGCUGAUCGUCUGCAGUUCUGCCCUCCGCGCCAUUGAACUUAUAAGACAUCUGACAACAUUCAAGGGUGAAGCCAAGGCUGUAAAGCUUUUUGCAAAACACAUAAAGAUUGAGGAGCAGGUGAAGCUGCUGCAGAAGGGAGUCGUUCACAUUGGAGUGGGCACACCUGCUAGGAUCGGCGCUCUUAUUAACAGAGAGGGAUUAAACUUGCAGGCGUUGCGAUUUCUGGUUCUAGACUGGAACUGGAGAGACCAGAAGUGCAGAAGGAUGAUGGACAUUCCUGAGAUCAAACUGGAUUUUCUUAAGCUUCUCGAGAGCGGGAUCCUGGACCGAUGCAAAGCAGAUAAAGUCAAAAUCGGACUGUUUUGACUCAAGUUUGUCAACUUGCCUCUGCGCUGAUGAUUCACGCGACAAGCUUACGGGUUCAAAGCUUCGUCCUGCGGCCUACCGCUGUUUGUUUGCCGGCGCUCAGCUUUUUUGCGAUUGUCAGGGUGCUUCGAAAUGUGCGAUGUUGUUUGAUCAAACACAAUGUCUUGGCAAGACCUCUUCAAUAAAUAAUUGACUGUCAAAUGACAGUGAUGACAUUGUUUCUUUCCCACGGUUUUACUCUCUCCUGCUGAGAACAAAUGUCAUUGAUUUGUUCCAAAUGCGAUAACCCCAACAGCAAAGAUCUUCAACUUUCAAUUGCACAAACAAGCACCUUGCUCCAAAUAAACCUGGUAAUAAUGUAUGUUGAGGAAUGACAUUAAUUACAAAUGUACUGUCUGUGUUGUCCAAUACCAAAGAAAAAAGGCUAGCAACAGAAAACAGGAAGAGGCAGUUUAUUGUGGUUAAUUAAUAACAGAACUCAACCGUCUCGCCCCACACUGAGAGGCCCGUCGUGUGUGCGUGUGUCUUUACGUAGCGAUACCACAGGAAUAGGAAAGAGGAAGCGAGUUCAGCCGCCUUCACAAAGAGCC